AUGGCUGCCUCAAUUCCAUUCAGACAGACGCAGCGCAAGCAGUCGCGGCAGCUGUCGACCGACCCCCGCAAUGAGCUCCACCCGCAAGUCGACCACUAUAUUGGUAUUGAUGUGGGUACUGGUAGUGCGAGAGCCUGCAUCAUGAACGACCAGGGCGAUAUCGUAGGACUGGCUUCGGAGAACAUUGGUCUCUGGCAGCCACAGACAGGCUACUAUGAACAAUCCACGACUGACAUUUGGCGCUGCAUUUGCUCCUCGGUCCGUCGAGCCAUAGACCAGCACAACAUUGACCGGCAAACUAUACGUGGAAUUGGCUUCGAUGCCACGUGCUCGCUCGCCGUCUUCAGGGACGACACGGACGAGCCUGUCCCAGUCACAGGGCCCAACUUUGACAACAAGGACGGUAACGACCGCAACGUUAUUCUCUGGCUCGAUCAUCGCCCCGUAGAGGAGACGAACAAGAUCAAUGCUACCAAGCACAACUUGCUACGCUACGUUGGAGGCAAAAUGUCAAUUGAGAUGGAGAUUCCAAAGGUGCUCUGGCUCAAGAACAACAUGCCAAAAGAGCUGUUCGACCGCUGCAAAUUCUACGACCUGACUGACGCUCUUACACACCUGGCUACUGGAAGCGAAAGCCGGAGCUACUGCAGUGUGGUCUGCAAGCAAGGCUUUGUGCCAGUCGGCGUCGAUGGAAGUGUCAAGGGCUGGCAGGAGGACUUUCUCAAGGAAAUCGGCCUUGAGGAGUUGUGCGAAGACAACUUCAAGCGCAUGGGAGGCGUCGACAAUGUGAACGGGCGUUAUCUCACGGCUGGUGAGCUCGUGGGUACGCUCAGCGAGAAGGCUGCACAGGAAAUGGGUCUCCAGCCUGGCAUUGCAGUCGGUAGCGGUGUCAUCGAUGCCUAUGCUGGUUGGAUUGGUACAGUUGGCGCAAAAGUCAAGCUCGACGAGGACACGCUCAACAUGGACCAGCCCAAGAACGAUGUCGCCCAAGCCUUCACGCGUCUUGCCGCCGUUGCAGGAACCUCGACCUGCCAUCUCGCCAUGUCUCGCGAUCCCGUUUUCGUGGACGGCGUCUGGGGCCCGUACCGAGACGUCCUCAUACCAGGCUAUUGGAUGGCAGAGGGCGGACAGAGUGCAACGGGCGAGCUGCUCAAGCACGUAAUCGAGACACACCCAGCCUUCAACGAGGCAGUUUCUGUGGCCGAGACCUACAACACCAACAUCUACGAUUACCUCAACGAGCAUCUACGCGAAAUGGCCGACAAUCAAAACGCACCACACAUCUCUUGGCUCGGCCGCCACUUCUUCUUCUACGGCGACCUCUUCGGCAACCGCUCACCCAUCGCUGACCCCAACAUGAAGGGUGCCGUCAUUGGUCUGAGCUCCGACAAGAGCCUCGACGGCCUAGCACUAUACUACUAUGGCACCAUGGAGUUCAUCGCCCUGCAGACGCACCAGAUUGUUUCUGCAAUGAACAAAUCCGGCCACGUCAUCUCAUCCAUCUUCAUGUCCGGCUCGCAGUGCCAGAACGCGCUGCUCAUGGAGCUCAUGGCCACGGCCUGCGACAUGCCCGUCCUCAUUCCCCGCUACGUCCACGCCGCCGUCGUCCACGGCGCAGCCAUGCUCGGUGCAAAGGCCGCCAGCACAGACAAGGACGGCAACAGCGAGCCCCUCUGGGACAUCAUGGACCGCCUCAGCAAGCCCGGUAAAACCGUAAAGCCGCUUGCUGACAAGACCGUCAAGAAGCUGCUCGAUGCUAAAUACAAGGUUUUCCUCGAGCAGUGCGAGGGCCAGCAGCGAUAUAGGAGUGAGGUUGAUGCUGCUAUUGAGGGGUGGAAGGCUAAGUAGAUCAAAAAAGAAAGAAAAUAGGGAAUCGUCGUGCGGGCCUGGUAAUCGUCCGUAAAUUGGGGUUAAUUUACAAAUAUACUCUAGACAGGACAGCCUUUUGCGAGACGAAUUCUUCAAGUGGUACAAAGCUAGCCCGUCUACCGAUUUUAGAUUUCA